AUGGUUUACACUACUAGACAAAUUGGUGCCAAGAACACCCUAGACUACAAGGUUUUCAUCGAAGAGGAUGGUAAGCCAGUUUCUCCAUUCCACGACAUCCCAUUGUAUGCCGACAAAGAAGAGAACAUCUUCAACAUGGUUGUUGAAAUCCCACGUUGGACUAACGCCAAGUUGGAAAUCACCAAGGAGGAAACUUUGAACCCAAUUAUCCAAGACACCAAGAAGGGUAAGCUAAGAUACGUUAGAAACUGUUUCCCUCACCACGGUUACAUUCACAACUACGGUGCUUUCCCACAAACCUGGGAAGACCCAAACCAAACUCACCCAGAGACUAAGGCUGUUGGUGACAACGAUCCAGUUGAUGUUCUUGAAAUCGGUGAAACCAUUGGUUACACUGGUCAAGUCAAGCAAGUUAAGGUUCUAGGUAUCAUGGCUUUGUUGGAUGAAGGUGAAACUGACUGGAAGGUCAUUGCCAUCGACAUCAACGACCCAUUGGCUCCAAAGUUGAACGACAUCGAAGAUGUUGAGAAGUACUUCCCAGGUCUUCUAAGAGCUACCAACGAAUGGUUCAGAAUCUACAAGAUCCCAGAUGGUAAGCCAGAAAACCAAUUUGCCUUCUCCGGUGAAGCCAAGAACAAGAAGUACGCUUUGGACAUCAUCAAGGAAACCAACGAAUCCUGGAAGCAAUUGAUUGCUGGUAAGUCUACUGACUCCAAGGACAUUGCUUUGGAAAACACCAAGGUCACUGACUCUCCAUACUACUCUGCUUCUGCUGCUUCCGCUAUCCCAGCUGCUGCUCCACAAGCCGACGCUCCAAUUGACAAGUCUGUCGACAAGUGGUUCUUCAUCUCUGGUUCUGCUUGA